AUGCAGUUUCUCCAACCUUAAUAUGUAGUUCCUUAACAACCCCAAUAUUGUUAAUAACCAAUCGUUCUAAAAACUGAAGAAUUGAGACCUGUUUAACAAUUACAUCAUUAGUCUAGGGAAAGAGAAAAAGAGAAUUUAAAUCCAAAAGCAUUUCAAUCUGGAAGGCUAUUGAGUCAACAUGAUACUCCAUAACAUUCACAAAGAUCUCUGUAAUAAAUCCCUGUUGGAGCCUUUUCAUCUUAGACUUCAACUGAAGCUCAGGUAAAACAAUUGAGAGAAGAGAUGCUCAAGAUGUUUGAAUUUUCUCGAAAAGAUUUUGAAUUAGUUAAAACCGAGUUGGAGCAAUCUAAACAGGAAUUAGUUGAAUAAAAAAAAAUGAAUAAAACAUUUGUAGCUUAAAUUGAAGGAUUAAAUUAGUAAUUAGUAUAAGAAUAGGAAAAAACAAAAUAGCUAAAACAUGAAAUUGAGGAAUUAUAGAAAACAUAAGGACAAUAAAUUAGUGAGCUGGCCCGUUAUUCUGAAAUAAAAUAAGAAAUUAUUGUAGAAAUAAAAGAGUAUUUUGAUACUUAACUUAAAUUACAAAGCACUUAAUAAUAACCUUAACCAUAACAGUAAAUUACAUUAGACACUUAUGAUACUUAUAUCAAAAAAUACGAAUAGUUUAAUAAAUAAGUCAAUGAUUAUUUACUUAAUAGAAAAUUGCCUGAUAAUUAAUAUAAUGAUACAAUAGAAUAAGAUAAUAGUAAUUUAAUGAAGGAUAAAGAAUCACCAGUUAGAUUUUUGAAUUAAGAAGAUUAGCAGAUUAUUCUUACCAAAGAAGAUAUGGAUAGAUAUAAAAUGUCAAUAAUCCAUGAAAAUGAAAAUGAGGAGGAUGAAAUAAUUUAUUAAGUCGAUGAAAAUGGUUAUGUUAUGAAUUAAGAUGGUAAUCAUUUAGUAGAUAAUUAUGGCAGAUUGAUUUAAUUGUCAGAGAAGGAUAUUGAAUAUUUUAAGAGCAAAAACUAAUUAGAUGAAAUUAAAUGA